AUGGUAUUAAAAUUAUAUGUUAUUGCCAUUUUGCCAUUAUUACAGUUAGAUGAUAAGGUUAUUCGAAAGAGACGAAAUCGAGUCAGCAAAAAGAGAGUAACUGAAUGGUUGUCAAAUGGACUCAGUUCCAUACUGCCACCAGCGGUUCGACCUAAUCUAUCCAAGGCAGCACUUGGUGGUCACAGUAGAGGUGGCAAACUUGCAUUUGCUCUAGCUCUAUCUUACACUAGAGGUGACAGUUCAUUGUUCAAGUACUCAGCUCUAGUAGGUAUUGAUCCAGUUGAAGGACCCAGGAAAGGUAUGCAGUUACCUCCAGUCGUUCUAACCUAUGUUCCUCGCUCUUUCGAUCUAGGUAUGGCGGCUUUAGUUGUUGGAUCCGGCCUCGGAGAAAUUAGGACUAGUGCACUUAUUCAUGCUUGUGCACCAAAAGGUGUAAACCAUAAAGAGUAUUUCAAUGAAUGUCGAUCGCCCGCAUACCAUUUUGUCGUCAAGGAUUAUGGACAUAUGGAUACACUCGACGAUGUAACUAAAGGGAUUAAAGGGGUCGCUACUUAUCGUGCUUGUAAGAGUGGGAAAUCAAGGGAGCCUAUGAUGAGAUUUGUUGGGGGGAUUACUAUUGCUUUGAUGAAAGCAUAUCUUGAAGGUGAUCAUAGUCACUUAAAUGCUAUCAGGGACGGGAAAGAUGUUAGUCUUCCUGUUCAGCUACAAACUGUUGAGUUUUUAGAGGACUGA